GUUGUUCCGCCGUACGCGUCGGCCAAUCAGCGCUGGCUGGUUUGGUACGCGACUUCUACGACUAUCAACACCAUGGAACAGAAUGAAGAAGCCGGUCUGGAGGAGCGCCUGAAAUCCGCGUUGUGGUUGUCUAUUGGCAAGAUCGUCGAUGAGGAGACUAUCAAGCUGGGCGUUAAUGCGACGCCGCAGUUUAUCGGUGCUUUGACGGAGAUGGUGUGGGCUCAAAUUGAGACUGUCAGCCAGGAUCUAGAGUCCUUUGCGAAACACGCUGGCCGCUCCACUGUCAACGUAUCAGACGUGAUGCUCCUCGCUCGCCGAAACGAGGGAUUGGACUCGAUCCUUCGUGCUUUUGUUGAGCAACAGCGUGAAGAAGCCGCUGAAUAGAUCGUUGUGAGACGGU